UUAGGGCUGGGCUUCUUCCGCGCUCCCCCUUCAAAACCUAUAGCUAUCGUUGACGAAAAACCCUUUUUCUUCCAGCUCGGAGCAAAAACCCUGCAACAAAGCAAACCCCCGUCUUCCUUCUGAGGAGACUCCAUCUCCUUCGCCAUGCCGCAAGGAGAUUAUAUCGAGCUUCACCGCAAGCGACAUGGCUACCGCCAUGAUCACUUUGAGAGGAAGCGAAAGAAGGAGGCUCGUGAAGUCCACAAGCGUUCGGCUUUCGCUCAGAAGGCGUUGGGUAUUAAGGGUAAGAUGUUUGCCAAGAAACGGUAUGCUGAGAAGGCGUUGAUGAAGAAAACACUGGCUAUGCAUGAGGAAUCAUCAACUAGACGCAAGGUUGAUGAUGAGGUUCAUGAAGGAGCUGUUCCUGCUUAUCUGUUGGAUCGUGAAACAACAACAAGAGCAAAGGUUCUUAGCAACACUAUCAAGCAGAAAAGGAAAGAGAAAGCUGGUAAAUGGGAGGUUCCUCUACCCAAGGUGAGACCUGUUGCUGAAGAUGAGAUGUUUAGAGUAAUCAGGUCCGGUAAAAGAAAAACAAAGCAAUGGAAGAGAAUGGUCACGAAGGCCACAUUUGUGGGACCGGGUUUUACGAGAAAACCCCCCAAGUAUGAGCGUUUCAUUCGUCCAACCGGAUUGCGGUUCACAAAAGCCCAUGUGACACAUCCCGAGUUGAAAUGCACUUUCAAUCUUGAAAUCAUUGGAGUGAAGAAAAAUCCCAAUGGUCAGAUGUACACUUCCCUGGGUGUUAUGACCAAGGGAACGAUUAUUGAGGUGAAUGUCAGUGAACUUGGUCUGGUUACUCCAGCAGGAAAAGUUGUGUGGGGGAAAUAUGCUCAAGUUACAAAUAACCCGGAGAAUGAUGGUUGUAUAAAUGCUGUUCUGCUUGUCUAAGAGGCUUUGCAACUAUUUGCGGUACUAAUUUGUUCUGAUCAUGUGGGAAGGUGUUAAGUCCCACUAAAUGCAGUCCAAUUUUGUUCGGGAUCUACCAUAAACCAUGGUUUUGCAGUAGUUGGUUGUGUUGUAUUUCUUCUCUUAUUACAGAGUUGCUUUGCGGAGAAUCUAUCUUAUUUAUGUGAAUUUUCUCUAUUUGACAAACACAAGCACUCGUCAAAGACGUCAAUGUUAAGGCUCCCCAUCAUUAUACGUU